AUGUCCGCAGAGUUAGGCGCAGGUUUUGUCCAAACGGAACGCCACGACACAUAUCCAGCUAUUUCCCCUGCCAAUGCUGACCUGAAGGGAAAAGUUGUUUUGGUCACCGGUGCAUCGAAAGGCAUCGGAAAGUCGAUAGCUAUCGCAUUUGCCCAGGCUGGUGUCUCCGGCCUUGUCCUCGCCGCUCGCUCCGACAUGUCUGCCGUGAAGGUCGCUGCUGAAGCCUCUCAACGGCCUGGGCAGUCGCUCAAGGUGAUCACCGUCACCCUGGACGCGAGCAACCUGGCGCAGGUGGACGAUGCCGCCGCCAAAGUGAAGAAGACAUUUGGGCGGUUGGACAUUCUCGUGAAUAACGCGGGCUACCUCGGCGCAUACGGCCUUAUUGGGGACUCGGAUCCACAAGAGGCGUGGAAGGCUUGGUCGGUGAAUGUGCUAGGCGCGUAUGCAGUGACGCGUGCGUUCUUGCCGCUUCUGCUGGAGAGUGCAGACAAGACAAUCGUAAAUAUUGGCAGUAUUGCAGGGCUUGUGAAGAUCCCAAAUCUCUUUGCUUACCUGACAUCCAAACUCGCACUUCUGCGAUUCACAGAGCUGCUGAUGACAGAGUACGGCGAGAAGGGCAUUGUAGCGCACUACGUCCACCCCGGUGUGAUCGAAACCGACAUGGCCGAUCAAGUUCCCGAAGUCAAGACGGGUGGGUUCGGUGUCACCGACACACUCGAACUGCCUGCACAUACGCUUGUCUGGCUUGUACGCGAACGGCGGGAGUGGCUAGCCGGACGCUACGUUAGCUCUCAGUGGGACGUGGAGGAGCUGUUAGCGAAGAAGCAAGAGAUUGUCGAUGGGGACAAGCUGAAGGUGAAGAUGGUCGUGUAA